AUGCUUUCUAGGUUGUUGAUAGAAUUUCUUCUCGGCGUUGGUGUCACUGCAGUUCCUCUCGAGGGAGAUAUCGAGAGGAGAAGCUGCCCCGACAUCCAUGUCUUCGGUGCGCGCGAGACCACCGCAUCUGCUGGCUAUGGUUCGUCCAGCACCGUCGUCAAUGGUGUCCUGAGUGCCUAUUCAGGCUCUACAGCUGAGGCUAUCAAUUACCCCGCGUGUGGCGGACAAGCCUCAUGUGGAAGUGUCAGUUAUUCCAGCUCAGUCGCUCAGGGCAUUCAGGCUGUUGCGUCAGCCAUGAAUUCCUUUAACUCUCAGUGUCCAACCACCAAGCUUGUUUUGGUUGGAUACUCUCAGGGUGGCGAAAUCAUGGAUGCUGCGCUUUCCGGCGGCGGGAUUCCUAACCAGGGUUACACUAACACGGCUGUCCUGCUUUCCUCAUCCGCUGUCAACAUGGUGAAGGCGGCUAUAUUCAUGGGCGACCCGCUUUUCAGGGUGGGGCUGUCGUACGAUGUUGGCACUUGCACCGCUGGAGGCUUCGAUGAACGCCCUGCCGGCUUUUCUUGCCCUUCAGCCAGUAAGAUCCAGUCGUACUGCGAUGCCUCGGACCCGUAUUGCUGCAACGGCAGCAACGCUGCAACCCACCAAAGCUACGGGGCUGAGUACGGCGCACAGGCGUUAGCUUUCAUUAAGAUCAAGCUAUCCGCCUCCUAA